AUGGCUGACGCCGUACGCGACGCAUGGCCCGAUCAGGCAGACGAAAUAUUGCUAGCCGAUGGCCUGCGAGCGCCUAUGAUUCUGCGCGUUAAUCUAGCUGAAACUAGCCGUGAUGAAUAUCUCAAACGAUUGAUCGAAAACAAUAUUAGUGCGGUCAAAGGCGAUGCCGAUCAGAGCAUUAUUUUAGCGCAAGCGCAGCCAAGCAGUACUUUGCCAGGUUGGCUUGAAGGUGAAGUUGCUGUGCAGGACAUGGGUGCUCAAUUUGCCGCGCCGCUGGCAUUAGUGCAAGGACCAGGACGGGCGGAAGUCAGAGACAGCAGAGCAACGCAUCGACAACGCAUUCUGGACGCCUGCGCAGCUCCCGGCGGAAAACUCGCUCAUCUCAUUGAGAUCAGCAGCGCAAAAACAGCAGCAGCGGAUGCCGGAUCUUUACCACCAGAGAUCGUCGCCAUUGAUAUCAACCCGGAACGAGUGGCGCAAACUGAGGCGGUACUGGCACGCCUGGGCCACGCAUGUAAGCUGACGGUAGGCGACGCCACAGCACUUAGCUGGUGGGACAGUGAAUAUUUUGAUCAUAUCCUGCUGGACGCACCCUGCAGUGGAACCGGCACUAUCCGACGCCAUCCGGAUAUCAAACUACUCUUAAAGGAAUCAGCUAUUGCGGAGCAUGCUGCGUUGCAGCUGCAGAUACUCAACAACCUGUGGCGAACACUGACACCAGGCGGUACUCUGCUGUACUGCACCUGUUCAAUCCUGCCGUUAGAGAAUGAUGGUGUGAUCAGCCAGUUUAUCGAACAACCCGACAACAACGCCAAGGUGUGCAGCAUUGCUUUACCUACCGGCCAACCAACAGAAUACGGCUGGCAGCUUUUACCUACCGAUCCAAACACCGAUGGUUUCUAUUAUGCCCGGCUGCAGAAAGUUGGCGGUACGUUAGCUGAAAACCUCGCCAAAGAAUCUUUUGACGUCACUCUGGUCGAUGAACAGGCGAGCCGCUUGCAGGAGUUGGCUGAAAGACUCGAUAUUCAAACGAUCCAAGGCUGGGCAUCUCAUCCGGAUGUACUGCGCCGAGCUGGCGCAGAUGACGCCGACAUUCUUGUGGCUGUCACCUCCAGUGACGAAGUCAAUAUGAUUGCCUGCCAGGUAUGUUAUUCGCUGUUCCGGACCCCUCUGAAAAUUGCCCGGGUCCGAUCUUUGUCAUACCUCACCCGAGAGGGAUUUUUCAGCAAAGAACACAUGCCCAUUGAUGUGCUGAUAAACCCGGAGCAGGUGGUUACCAAUCACAUUCAUGAGCUGUUGAAACAUCCCGGCGCUCUACAGGUAUUGGAUUUUGCAGACGGCCGGGUACAGCUGGUCGCAAUGCGCGCGUAUUACGGUGGGCCGCUGGUAGGGCAGGCUUUAAGCUUUCUACGUGAACAUAUGCCCAACGCGGAUACACGGGUAGCGGCCAUAUUCAGGCGGGGAAAGGCGAUUAUUCCUGAAGGCAACACGGUUAUAGAAGCGGAUGACGAAGUGUUUUUUAUCGCUGCACGAGAACACAUCGAUGCGGUGAUGGCAGAACUACGCAAAGUAGAACGACCCUUCAAACGUAUCAUGAUCGCCGGAGGCGGCAAUGUUGGCGCACGACUUGCCCAAGCUGUGGAAAACAACUACGCCGUUAAACUUCUGGAAUACAGCGAACCACGCGCUAAAUUUCUCGCAGAUCAACUGACCAAAACCGUUGUGCUGCAGGGCAAUGCCACCGACAGAGACUUGUUGUUAGAAGAAAACAUAGAACAGUGUGACGCUUUUUGCGCGGUCACCAACGACGACGAAGUUAAUAUCAUGUCGUCGCUGAUGGCUAAGCGCCUGGGCGUACGCCAGGUCAUCACUCUUAUCUCCAAGCCAGCUUACGUCGAUCUGGUCCAAGGGGGCGAAAUUGAUAUCGCGGUCAGCCCGCAACAGGCCACUACCAGCACUUUGUUAUCUCACGUCAGGCGUGCGGAUGUUGCUCGCGUUCACAGUCUGCGGCGGGGCGCAGCAGAAGCGAUUGAGGCAAUCGCCCAUGGCGACUCUAAAAACUCAAAGGUAGUGGGGCGCCGCAUCAGUGAAAUAGACCUGCCUAACGGUUGCUCAAUUGGCGCCAUCGUAAGGGGUAACGAAGUACUCAUUGCGCAUGACAAUGUGCUGGUUGAGUCUGACGAUCACGUCAUUCUUUUCCUUGUCGACAAACGUCAGGUGCGCGCUGUCGAAAAGCUGUUUCAGGUUGGCGUUUCGUUCUUCUGA